UUACGUCUCCCAUGGUUGUCUGGUUGUCAGUCGUCACUCGUCAGUCGACUAUUUUACUCUACAAUAGUAGUUAGUAGUCUUCUACUUUUCUAUUUGGUCUAAUCCGUAGACAAGUAUACUCGGCUUGUCCGUGACUCCGUGGUACGUCACUUAUCUGGCUGAUGGCCAUCGUUCUGUCUAUUCACUUUUUUUUCACUUUUAUUUUGUAGUUUCAUUUAAAGUUUUUUCCUGACAUCAGUUUUGAUUAUUUAACACCUAUCUUAACUAUUGGAACUGAAUUUCGAUCGUGGUGAUUAAAAACUUGGCGAUCAAUUUCAUCAAUCAGUUGGAAUUAUAAAACAUAAAAAUGACUACCAACGGUGACAAAUACUGUUAUCUUUCAGAAUUCAAAUGGCUGCAAAAAUUUGGGCCAUCGUACUCGGUCAAAGCAGAAAAUAUCACAGCAUUAAAAAGCCCCUCAGAGUUCUAUCGCACACUUUUAGACCGAUGUCGUACAGCAAAACAUCGCAUUGUAAUAGCUUCUUUAUACCUGGGCAUUGGAAAUCUGGAACAAGAACUUGUAAGUACCAUAAAAGAUGCUAUGGAUAAUAGGCGAAAGUUGAGCGUGAGGGUUUUGUUAGACGCUAACCGUGGGUCAAGAGGUAAAGUAAGUUCACGUACCAUGUUGAUGCCCAUAUUGAAUCCAUCAUUCGAUUGUCGUGUGUAUUUGUACCAUACCCCAAAAUUGAGAGGUCUUCUCCGGUGGCUGUUACCUGAAAGAUAUAAUGAAUUAAUAGGAAUACAGCACAUGAAACUAUAUAUGUUUGAUGACUCUAUAAUUAUCUGCGGAGCAAAUUUAAGUCAAGACUAUUUUACUAACCGACAAGACAGAUAUAUUCUCAUUGAAGACUGCAAACCAUUAGUAGAUUUUUAUACAGGAUUAGUUGAAUUAUUAGGCCGUAUGUCAUUUCAGCUGACAAAUAAAAACACUUUAACUUUGGAUCCUACUUGGAAAUAUCAUCCGUAUAAGAGUCCUUAUCAAACAUAUGCUUCAGAGGCUAGAAAACAGUUAAUGCAAUAUUAUAAUACACACAUCAAACAUCCAACUUCUGAAAAAGAUAUAGACACAAUAGUUUAUCCUUUAAUUGAAUUUCCUCCAUUUGACAUACACCAUGACAGUCAAACAACUAAUCUUCUUAUGUGUAAUGCUGAACCGGGAUCUACAAUGCACAUGGCCACCGGAUACUUCAAUAUACCAUAUAUUUACACAAAUACUAUGUUCCAAAAAUCAUUGGCAAACUUCAAAAUAUUGUUUUCCCAUCCAAUGGCCAAUUCAUUUCAACAAGCUAAAGGACCCGCUGGAUUUAUACCUACUGCAUACAGUUAUCUCACAAAUACUUUUUUUGGUGAAAUUGAAAAACUCAAACUUCAUGAACGUAUUUCUUGUUUUGAAUACCAAAGAACUGGAUGGACUUUUCAUUCCAAGGGUUUGUGGUACACUCCAAACAAUUAUGAAUUGCCUGUACUAACAGCUGUUGGCUCUUCAAAUUAUGGAGCCAGAUCAUUGAAUUGUGAUUUAGAAUCACAAUUGAUAAUAGUAACAAAUAAUAAAAAAUUGCAGCAAAACUUUCAUACAGAGAAAAGUGAUAUUUUUAAAUCAACAUCAUUAUAUAUUCCAGAAGGUGAAUUUAAAGCACCUCUUUGGGUACGAUUUGUUUUAAGAAUGUUUAAAAAUUAUUUUUAAUUAUUUUAAGUAAUUUUAUUUAAAAGUAUACAAUUGUAUAUUCUUAAUAAAAUUAUUGAAAUAGUCCAAAAUACUAAUGCUAUUAUCGCUUUGGGUUUAUAUAUUUCAAUUUCCUUAUGAAAGUAUGUUGAUAGCAAAAGAGGAAUUGUUAAUAUAAAUUUAUAUUUGAUCAACAUUGAACAUAAAAUACAAACAACUUUUAUUUAAGAUAAUACAAAAUGUUUGCUGUAUAUUACUCUAGUUAAAACUUAAAAGUUGGGUUGUACACCAGCUAAGAUGUACAAUUUUAUUGAAGAAAAGUAGUUUUAGUCAAAACUCAUAUUUUAAUCUAUAAAUAGUAAUUAUUUAGCUGAAAUCCAUACUUAUCUUAUCACUGUUUAUUAUUAUUUUGCUACUUUUGUACUUUUCUCAAACACUAUUUGGAAAUCAUUAAAAAUGAGUACUAUUUAUGAUACAUUUAUAAAAUAUCUAAAGUGUUACAUAAAAUAUAAAAAUCCCUUUUACAACAAGUAAAUAAAAAAAUGUUUACUGCGAAAAUAAUUUAUUUUGAAACAACUUAAGUUGAUAAGUUCCCUUGUAGAGAAGAAUAUAUAAUGUAUUAAUUUUAUUUAAUGAUAAAAUAUAUUGAUUUUGUAUUAAUCUUCAAUUUCAUGCCUUUAUUUAUAAUUUAUUAUAAUUUUAUAGUAAGUUAUAAAUUAUAAUGUUGUAAAGUUCAUAUGUUUUAAAAAUAAAUAUAUAUUUAAAA